UUUGCUUGUUAGUGAUGCCUGAGUCAUUUAUUUCGAUCAUCCCGCAGCAGUUGAGUAUUUUGAGAGGGAGAAGCCAGGAACAACGGCUGCAGCGUCAACAACUCAGACAAGGACACUACCACCACUCCUUACCGUGGCCGUGCAGUACCCUCGUUUCCUAUGACCCCCAUGGCCAGGUCAAAAAAGACAAAGGGCAGAGGCGGAGGAGGCUACAGACCUGGCUCCCCGGCCUUUGUUGUGGCAACACGCCGAUCCCUCCCCGCGCAUCAAUGCGGAUUCAAUCGUGCCAACAAUACCGUCCCCUACAUUGGCUUCAAACAGAAUGAAGUACAGUUUACUAUGGCCCAGGAGGCCCGCGAUACUGAGCGCUACACUGCCCACAGAAGCAAUCUCAAACUACGAUACAAUGAAAUAAGAUUUGUCAGUGCUGGCGAUUUGGUGCAGGAGAGCCUCGAGGUCCCGAACGAUGGGAAUGCGAAUAAUGCCCCGAACGGCACUCCAGCCAAUCCAGAUCCAUCGACCCUGGUGGACAAGAAGGAUGUGGAGGAGAAGAAAGAAGAAGCAGAAGAAGAAGAUGAAGAAGGAGGGGAAAAAGUUGAAUCAAUGCUGGGCGAUCAGGACAUAUUUUUCAUAGAUCGCAAGGGAGAGGAUCCUCCAGAGAAUAUGCAAACUGAAAACCACACCAUAGAGCUUAACCUGCACCUAUCCUCCCAACCAGAUUCCAGUGAAGACGAGGUAGUUUUCACAGGGAGGGGAAGACGAUUACAACAGUCUCCAGCUUACCGGAACCAGAAUCUUAGUCCCAACCGUAAGCUUGGGCCUUCGAUCCGGGAUGAUUCAUCCAUACCGGCGGAUUGUGGUGGUGAUAGUGAUGGCGCUCAUGAUAAGGACAGCAUUAUUCCACGUCCGGCGUCUGUGUCCGAUAGCGAAUCGGAGCCGGCAAUAAUCUAUACAUCCGAGCCAGUCCUGGAUGACCUAGCGAACCCCCCCGAAUUUAUUAGCCUCAAGGGGAAGGAGAAACGUCCUCGCACACGAAAACCCAGAAAGCCAAGAUUGGGCUGGGAUUCUGAUGAUUCGGAGAUCCUGGCUGAUUAUAUCGCAAAUAUGAUGGACGAUAGCACGAGUGACGAAGAAGAAGAGGAGGAUGAAGAUGCUGGGGUAGGUCGGGCUCAAAUUCAGAAUCGAAAACAAGUAGGCCAUUCAAGCACAAAGUCAUGGAGCUCUGCGGACAUUGAAGACCUGAAUGACCUUAGCUCAUCCGAUGAACUUCCCGAGGAGAUAGGGCGCAUCUUUUCCAUGAGAGAAAGAGGCGAAAGUAUUCAGUAUUUGCUUACCGGCAAGGGUCAGAGCACCGACGAAGCCCGUUGGGUUCGAAAGGAGCGUCUUAUAAUGUCUAGUGCGUCCGAAUUGAUUCAACGGUUCGAGGAAAAUGUCGCAUUGAUUGCAUCACAGCGGGAGGCAGCAUCUAAACUCUCUUCUUCAGACCUUGACGAGGAGGAUGAAAAUGAAGAGGAUGAGAUUGACCAAGAUUUAGACGACGGCAUGAAACAAGAUUUGACGGAUGAGCAGAUGGCUCGGUUACUUCAAACUCAGGACUCUCUUGGGUUAGGCACCGAUGACCUCCUACUUUUCAACGGAGAUGGCGGAUUUGAUGGCCUCGAAAGCUUCUCCAGAUCAAAGUUUCCAUACAAGUCAACCCAGCCGAAAAAGCGACGAAACCGAAACGGGAAUUUCCCUUCCGCCUCAGCUUUCGCAGAUGCCUUAGAUCAAGAUCCAUAUGGUGGCUUCGAUGUUAUGGACUUCGACCGUCCAAGUCUAAGGAAGAAACCAAAAGGCCGCCGCCAUGCACAUCAGAAUGACUUCGACUUGUCUGAUAGUGAUAUGGCGUAUGAGCUGCAGGUGUCCUGGGAGAACGACCGAAACAAGAAGAAAGCCAGGAAGCAGGAGCGCGAGGAAUUAAGGGCACAGGGACUAUUGGACACCAAGCCCGGAAAGGUAAAUAUGAAGGCGAAGUAUACGGAAGGCAUGAGUAUUGAUGAUGUUAAACUGGAAAUCCGGGCCUUCCUGGCAUCGUCUUCCCAAAGCCUCUCGCUGCCCCCAAUGGACAAGCGAAACCGCAAACUCGUGCACGAGAUAGCAAACAUCCUCUCUCUCAAAUCACUGUCGCGCGGUAGCGGCACCUCGCGCUUCCCAAUCCUCACCAAGACAUCCCGCACACCCAGCUUGGAGGGCCAAGCAGCCGUCCACCAGGUCGAUAGAGUCUUCUCCAGCAGCCGCUUUAUGCGGAGGAUGGAUAAAUCCCAACGAGGUGGGCCUAAGCCCGUUGCCAAGUCCCGGGGUGGCGGUGUGAAAGGCACCUCGUAUAUGGAUGGCGAUGUUGUCGGGGCGUCUGCGCCGGAGAUUGGGGCGGAGAAUAAAGGCCGUGCGAUGCUGGAGAAGAUGGGGUGGAGUAGUGGGACGGCGCUGGGGGCUGCUAAUAACAAGGGGAUUUUACACCCUGUUGUGCAUGUGGUUAAGAAUUCAAAGGCUGGGUUGGGCUGAAGGGGGCUGAAGGGGUCGUGAUUUUUCAUGUGGUCUUCCUUAUUGGGCUUUCUUUGUUUUCUUUUUUCUUUUUCUUGUUUAUGUUCGUAUGUUUUGAGUACGGUGUUUAGGAGCCUAUAGCAUAUUUAUAGACGAGCUCUGCGAUUAUGACAUUGGGCGAACUGGUGUAUCGGAGCGAGAGCAAAACCGGUAUGACUCGAGUAAAUCGUUUAUUUUCUAAGAUGCCUAUAUACUUAUUCAUAGACUCAAAAAACCGAAUAAAAAAACCCGCGUCAAGACGCGUCAAGCGCGUUUCUUGACGUGCUGAUUUUGAAAAUAACUUGUGUUGCAACCAUCCCAAGUCCUAGCACGAGAAGCCAAGAA